GCGGAAGUGGCAUGUGCCGGAGGAGGUGGAAGUAACCCAAGCCCAGAGAGAAAGGCUCGUGGAAUCGGGGAGAGCCGACAGCCAAGAUGAAGGUAAAGAUGCUGAGCCGGAACCCGGACAACUAUGUCCGCGAAACCAAGCUGGAUUUACAGAGAGUUCCAAGAAACUAUGAUCCUACCUUACAUCCUUUUGAGGUCCCACGAGAAUACAUGAGAGCUUUAAAUGCUACCAAACUGGAACGAGUAUUUGCAAAGCCAUUCCUUGCUUCCCUGGAUGGUCACCGAGAUGGAGUCAAUUGCUUGGCAAAGCAUCCAAAGAGCCUGGCUACUGUCCUUUCUGGGGCAUGUGAUGGAGAGGUUAGAAUUUGGAACUUGACUAAACGAAAAUGUAUCCGUGCACUACAAGCCCAUGAAGGUUUUGUACGAGGAAUAUGCACUCGCUUUUGUGGGACUUCUUUUUUUACUGUCGGUGAUGACAAAACUGUGAAGCAGUGGAAAAUGGAUGGACCAGGCUUUGGAGAAGAAGAAGAACCAUUGCAUACAAUAUUAGGAAAGACAGUGUACACAGGAAUUGAUCAUCACUGGAAAGAAGCUGUUUUUGCCACAUGUGGACAGCAAGUAGACAUUUGGGAUGAACAAAGAACCAAUCCUAUAUGUUCAAUGACCUGGGGAUUUGACAGUAUAAGUAGUGUUAAAUUUAACCCAAUUGAGACAUUUCUCUUGGGAAGUUGUGCUUCUGACAGGAAUAUAGUUCUGUAUGAUAUGAGGCAAGCUACUCCUCUGAAAAAGGUCAUCUUAGAUAUGAGAACAAAUACAAUUUGUUGGAACCCUAUGGAAGCUUUCAUUUUUACUGCAGCAAAUGAAGAUUACAACUUGUAUACUUUUGAUAUGCGUGCACUGGACACUCCUGUAAUGGUACAUAUGGAUCAUGUGUCUGCCGUGCUUGAUGUGGAUUACUCUCCCACCGGGAAAGAGUUUGUGUCUGCUAGUUUUGAUAAAUCUAUUCGCAUCUUUCCUGUGGACAAAGGUAGAAGCAGGGAAGUCUAUCACACAAAGAGAAUGCAACAUGUUAUCUGUGUAAAAUGGACCUCUGACAGCAAGUACAUAAUGUGUGGCUCUGAUGAAAUGAACAUUCGUCUGUGGAAAGCUAACGCUUCUGAAAAACUGGGUGUGCUUACAUCACGAGAAAAAGCAGCCAAAGAUUAUAACCAGAAGUUGAAGGAGAAAUUUCAGCAUCAUCCUCAUAUAAAACGUAUCGCUCGGCACCGACAUCUCCCUAAGUCUAUCUAUAGCCAGAUUCAGGAGCAGCGCAUCAUGAGAGAAGCUCGUCGGCGGAAGGAAGUGAAUCGUCUCAAACAUAGCAAGCCUGGAUCUGUGCCAAUUGUGUCAGAGAAGAAGAAACACAUAGUGGCAGUUGUGAAAUAAUAUUUGAUAUUCCUACCAAUGCUGAUGUAUAAUUAUUUGUUACAUUUUAAUUUGUAAACUCUAAAAGUACUGGCUCUAGCAUAAUAAACAGUUCGGUCAUAUGUAUAGAGCUUUAUUGUUGUUCGUUUUUGCUACCUGAAAAAUUGUCUUGAAAUAAGGUGGCCUAGUUGAUGAGACUAUCCAUCGUUUUAUCCUGAUCUGCUUUCUUAUUUCAUUGACGAAUACAGUAUUUGCAAACAAACUUAUUUUUUGCUGUUAGAAGUUGCAGCUAUACUUCUGCUCUGCACUGUCGUUGUAGACACUGUACCUUUGGAUUUACAUUUAAGACCAAGCAUCUCUUCUGCUGCCUUUGAUGUUACUUUGGAUAAUCGUUGCAGUGGUUCUUCCCAGGAUAUCACAUAGCAUGUAGAUAAAUUAUGCCAGAACUUUUUUUAAUUGAAUUUAUUUUGGGGGUUCUAUUUAUAUUUGGCUUUUUGAGACUUUAAAGAUGAUCAGCCUGCAUUUAUAUAACUUUUAUAAAUAAUGGUAAUUUUAAUUUAUGGUCAAGUGAAGAUAAU